AUGUCAAACUUCUUCCGCAGGGCCUCUGAUGUCUUCAAGCAUCACCCGCGCAACGACUCUAUCGAUUCCGCCAACUCAGGAAAGUCUCCCACACAAGAGGCGCCCGACCCACAGCCUGUAUCGAGUAAUCGAAGCUCUCAGAGCGAUGCAGUGCCAGGUAAUAAACUUCGGCGCAAAAGUCAACAGCUCUGGGGAUUUGGUCGCCAGCAGGAUCCAGAGGCACAGAAAAAGCGUCAACUGAGUCAGGAUGAGAAGGAUCGGCUUAAUUUCGCAGCAGCAAGAAAAUACUCGAGCGCUCGGCGACGAAGUCAGGGCGCUGGUAUUGGGUUUGAGGGUGGAUGGCAGUGA